AUGGAGCCCGCCGCCCGCCGCUCGCGGAGGCGGCCGCCGCCGCCGCCCCCUCAGUCGUCGCCGCCGCUGCUGGUGCUGCUGAUGCCGCUGCUGCCGCUGGUGCCGAUCUGGCUGGGCCUGGCCGGGCCGGGCGCCGCGGCCGACCCCGCGGGCCAGGCAAGGGCCCGCGCUGUGCGGGUGGACGUGCGGCUGCAGCAGCAGGACGACCUGGUCAUGGAGGGCUUCUCGCUGGGCCCCGAGGACGACCCGGAGACCCCGCUGCGCGGCCGGCUGCUGCUGAUGGACAACGUGGGUGCCGAUGAGGAGGGGCUGGGGGAAGACUGGAUCGCGGUGGUCUACGUGGGCGAGGAGCACGCGGCCCCGCUCCCGCCGGAGGCCCAGCGCCACGGCCUGUGGAACUACCCCAGGAACCUGAUGUAUCAGAUCCGGAGGGCGUUCCUCCUGGGGGCCUCCACCCUGCUCUUCAUCAUCCUGAAACAGAACGUGGUCCGGGAGGUGGACAUAGCCCAGCUUCUGUUCAGGCCCAUCGUGGUCCUGCAUUAUUCCUCCAACGCCACCAAGAUGCUGGACGCCCUGCUCCAGAAGACCCAGGCCACGGCUGAGAUCACGAGUCGGGUGUCCCUGUCGGCCAACACCGAGUGGAAGCUGGCCCUGUGGACCACCUGCGGCCUGUCCAAGGACGGCCAGGGCGGCUGGCAGGACCUGGUGUGCCCGGGAGGGGGCCGGGCCUCGGAGCAGAGGCCCCUGCAGCAGCUGUGGAACGCCGUCCUGCUGGUGUCCUUGAUCCUGGGCACCGGCCUGGUGGUGCAGGUCCAGCGGCAUGCGAUCUGGCCCAACCAGCAGGAGCCCGAAGGCCAGGUGGAGCUGCUCAAGCGCCGUGUGGUGCGCAGGCUGGCCUCCCUCAAGACGCGGCGCUGCCGGCUGGGCAGGGCGGCCCAGGGCCCCCCGGAGCCGGACGCCGACACCUGCGCCGUGUGCCUGGACUACUUCUGCAACAAGCAGUGGCUGCGGGUGUUGCCCUGCAAGCACGAGUUCCACCGGGACUGCGUGGACCGCUGGCUGAUGCUGCGGCAGACCUGCCCGCUGUGCAAGUUCAACGUCCUGGGGAACCGCUACCCAGAGUAUUAG